CACUCGAAGUCGGAGCUUUGCGGUCCCAAAAAUUGCUAGUGAAGAAUCCAUCCAAAACGAGUGCAAAGUGUUCGUCAAAGGGCAAAUCGUGUGAUUUAUCUGUCCCGCUGAUAGGGGAUUGAGAAACAAACUGCGCACGAACGCAGGACGAAUCCUCUUUUCUACAGCAACACCAAGCUACACAAGAGAGCUUGGAGAAGAUAAACUUCCUCCAAACGAGGCAGAACUGUGCAACCGAAAGAGAAUACGCGAACUGUGUGCUUGUGUGCGUAUGAUUUAAUGGUGACUGUGCCGUUCGCACAAUAAUAAAACAAAGUUGUAUUGCCACCAAAUUCAUAAGUGAAUUGGGUGCAGAGAGUGAGUACAGUGCAAAUUUGAAAGCAACAUCAGCGAUCGCGUUUGCCGUGGCAGGAAGAGCGUGUAGUGUUUCGAGUGUUCAUCGCAUCGUACAUCGCAGCAAACGUCGAAUAAUACCGACUAAUUUUGACGGCCAUAAGCACUGCAAACAGAGCCGCUAGAUCGACAAAUAAGUACAAACGCACCCAGCAAUACAGACGAUAUAACGGCGAUUAUUGACGAGCUGGAAGGACGUAUCUCACUAAGGAUACAGUUUUUAUGAAUCGUUUUCUAGCCAGUUAGGUUAUGGCAAACUUGAACUUUCAACAACCUCCGAGAAGCAUACCGAGCGCAUCCUUAAGCGGGAGAGGAGGAGGAGGUAGUAACAGCGUUGUGGGAACCGGAGCAUUCGUCAGUGCCACCCUGUCUGCCGGUGGCCAUGUUACGCCGACGUCCGGCAUGUUUCCAUCGGUGGUCGGAACGGCAGGGAGCGGUGGCAGUGCAUUCGGCCAAAAUGCGCCUUCGUCGCAAGGCCAAUCCUCGGUGGCGCCACUUUCGCCAAGCACGAACGGUGGCGGUACCAAUGUGCGAUCCGGCACCUCGGUCGGUGGUGUCGUCGGUGGCAAUGGAACGGGUGGCGGCGGUCUCACGAGCAACGGACCGAGCAACCAGCAGCAGCAACUGUCCUCCUCCAAUGCUGGAUCCGGUGGUCGGAAUCUUUUCGGUGGCAGCGGACAGCAACGUGGUGGCGGUGCGGGUGGUGCCGGUAGCUUCGCGGAUCGACGAGCACUGUCCGGGCUUGGUGGCACUACGAUGUCCAAUAUGGUUUCCUUCAUGCAGUCGCGUGGAUACGGAUCUCAAAGCGGGAACAGCAUCAACAACUACCACGGUGUGUUCGAUGGAGGUGCAACGGAAACGGGAACCCCUCCGCUGCUCGAUCUCUCCGAGUUUCCCUCGCUCACGAACGCGCGCGGUGGCCAGAACGAUCAAUCCCUGCCGCAGUCGAACGCGCUGCAACCGCCGGGCAGUAAACCGUACGUGGGUAUGGUGAAGCAACCGACCUCCGAACAGAUCGCGUUUACGAUGUCGAACGAAGACUUUCCGGCACUGCCAGGGACGCAAAACGCGGAAGGUGGCGGCGGUGGUGGGCAGAUGGCGGCGGCGAGUCAAGGUCUGCAGGGGGUUCACCAUCAUCACCAUCCGGAGCACCACGGGCCAGACAGUUUGGUGAGCGGUGGCAAGGCUGGUGCAGGAGGCGGCAGCAGUGGCGGUGGUAGUGCCGGCAGUGGUGCCGUUGGCGGACCUGUGGGCAGUGCGGCCGGCAUGGGCAUGGAUCUGCAGAGUGAUUCGGGCAAUUCCAACGUUAACAUGGACAAGGGAGCGAUGAAACGAGGCGUACAAACAUCACCCAACGGAACGGUAACGAAUAUUCCUGCCAGCAUGGUGAACAACCAGUUUGGAAUGGUCGGCCUGCUAACGUUCAUCCGUGCGGCGGAAACGGAUCCCAACUUGGUGACGCUAGCGAUGGGACAGGAUCUGAUGGCACUGGGGUUGAAUCUAACCGCGGUGGAAAACCUGUACCCGAGCUUUGGCGGUCCGUUCGCAGACGCGCCAGCGAGGCCACAGGACAUCGAGUACAACGUACCACCAGAGUAUUUGAUCAACAUGUCAAUAAGGGACAAGCUGUCGAAAGUAACGCUGCAGAAGUAUAAGGAUGAUCUAUUAUUUUAUUUAUUUUACACGAACGUGGGUGAUAUGAUGCAAUUAGCAGCGGCUGCUGAACUGCACAGUAGAGAUUGGCGAUAUCAUACGGAGGAGAAGGUGUGGAUUACCCGUGUGCCCGGCAUGACACCGUACGAGAAGAAUGGCACAACCGAACGUGGCACGUACUACUACUUCGAUGCGCAAACUUGGCGACGAGUGCCAAAAGAAUUUCAAGUGGAUACAGUGAAGUUAGAUAAAUGUCCAAACAUAAGUGCUUACGUUACGAUGAGCGGACAGCCUGUAUAAUAUUUAUUAAUUUGUAAUUAAACCAGAAAAUCA